CUGAUCCCAGCCAUGGCAAGCCGAGCUCUCGCCCCCUUCCAGCUCGCUGCCAUCCUCCUGGUCGCGCUCUUCGCCACGUGCCAUGCCGGCGGCAUCGCUGUGUACUGGGGCCAGAACGACGGCGAGGUGUCGCUGGCUAAGACAUGCGCGUCAGGUAACUACAAGUUCGUCGUCGUUGCUUUCCUCCCAAAGUUUGGCAAGGGCCAGAAGCCGGAGCUGAACCUCGCCGGCCACUGUGACCCUUCAUCUGGCGGCUGCAAAAUCCUGAGCAAGGACAUCCACUCGUGCCAGCGCCGCGGCGUCAAGGUCCUCCUCUCCCUCGGGGGCGCGGACGGCAGCUACGGCCUCUCGUCCCGCGGCGAUGCACGGCAGGUUGCCAUGUAUCUCUGGAACACCUUCCUGGGCGGCACGAGGUCGUCGUCUCGCCCCCUCGGGGACGCUGUGCUCGACGGCAUCGACUUCGACAUCGAGAAAGGCGGCUCCAAGUUCUGGGGUGACCUUGCCAGGGACCUCAAGAACUUGGACAAGGGCGUGCUGCUGAGCGCGGCGCCACAGUGCCCUUUCCCUGACCAGUGGGACGAUGGCGCGAUCAGGACAGGGCUGUUCGACUUCGUGUGGGUGCAGUUCUACAACAACCCGGAGUGCCAGAUCAGCGCAGGCCCUGGAGCAUUCUUGGCCGCGUGGAAGAGGUGGGAGUCAUUGCCGAUAGGGAAGCUCUUCCUGGGGCUGCCGGCUUCCAAGGACGCGGCGGGCACCGGGUUCGUGCCCGCCGGCAAGCUCAAGUCGGUACUGCCGCUCAUCAAGGGCACGCCCAAGUACGGCGGCGUCAUGCUGUGGGCUAAGUUCUAUGACGAUCACACUGGAUAUAGCUCCGCCAUCAAGGGCCACGUGUGAUUCUCCCUGGUGUUUCUUCGCUUGAUUGGCGCUGUCGUGUGUGCCGCUCCUGUACGAUAGUAUCAGGUGUUAAUUGCUUGAAAUAACAUCAUAUUGGUAGCGACUAUGUCCCAAUAUGUAAGGAUCACGGUGUAGUUUCUUUGAAGCCGCCAUGUCCUAAUCAC